AAAUGGUCUGCGAUAAAUGUGAAAAGAAAUUAGGCAAAGUAAUAACUCCUGAUCCUUGGAAAUCUGGAUCCAGAAAUAACACAGAAAAAAGUGGUAGAAUUAUUAAUGAAAACAAAUUAUUAACUGGCAAAAAAUCAAGAUUUAUACCAUAUCAAAAAACUUUUGAUAGGUGCCGAAUAUGUAAGACUAGUGUGCAUCAAGCUCAUUCUCAUUAUUGUCAAGAAUGUGCAUACAAAAAAGGAAUAUGUGCCAUUUGUGGAACAAAAAUUCUUAAUACAAAAAAUUAUAUGCAAUCUACAGUGUAACAUUUAUUUUAUUAAGAACAACAAUUUAUCUAGAUUUUCUAUAAAUCAUUAUGUACAUUUACCAAUAAAUUAUAUACAUUUUAAAAUUGAUUACAAAAUUCAAAUGACAUAGUUAAUAUUUAUUAUAUUAUGAUGGUAUAUAUAUUUAUUUAUAAUUUGUUCUGUUAAAUGAUCUGCCCAUCAUAAUAAAUGUAUUAUACAGUGA